GUCGGCGAGCUUUUUGCUUAUGUUUCUCGUUCAGCUGGCCUUAGCGGUUUCGACUGGUUGACAGAGGGCAUGCGUCUACUAUCAAAUGAACAGUUGUCUUGGUCGCGAGAUUUCUUCUGCCCUGCGAUGAAUGACGCUUGGGAAGUGCAGAAGAACACGAUCUUGGAGGCCGAGGGUCUAGCUGUGUUGCUGCGCAGGAUGUUGGGUUGUCUUCGCGAGCCGACCGUGAAGAAUGGUAGUGCUGACGGAGGUUACAUCGAAGAGGAGGUUCUCGCUGGAGUGAAGCAAGCUUGUGCUGAUCUGGCGUUGGACCAAUCGGUUCCCAUGAGUGCAGUGGAUCUCCCGGCAGGUGUAACGCAGGACGCUGCUGUGGAUUACUUUGAGAAAAAUCUGACUACUGAACUGCUCCACAUCUUUAAUGAAUGUGGGGUUCCUGUCGGGUUGCAGUACAAGCUUGGUCAGCAUUUCAAGAACGUGAAGAAAUUCUCUACUUAUGCUGAUAGCAGGUCGGAUGUGAGAGCUGCGCUUAAGGCAGAUCAUGCCCUUGAGGCCACCAACCAAGACACACGUGCAGCAGUGGCCUCAGUGGUUUCAGCUUGGGAGUCAUGCCGUGAGUUCAGUGCGAAGGAGAGUGAACUCAAGGCAGAAGCCAGGGUAUUGGGAGUCAGCCGGCCAAUCACCCAAACGGAGCAUCAAGCCAUGCGAAUCUCUUACGAGAAAACUUUUGGCAGUCUCGAUGAAGUGGUUGAGCCGUCGGCUGAUUAUCUUUCGACUGAAAUGGAAGAAGUCGAGAAUGGUGAGAUUGUGGCGUCGCCCCUAUCAGAUGUCACCAGCAAACGCAAGGUUAAGACCCUCGGCGUACAAACCAGUGUUGACGCUGGAGGGCACGUCAGGAUCGUUAAGCAGCGUAACAAAGGAUCGUUGCCACAGAAUACAGAAGAUCUUCGUACUGCUUUGCGCGUGGAAGGAAACACGUGGGUGUUCCUGGGAAGUAAAUACAAGAACAAGGUCUUCUUCAAAGAUCUGACGCCAUCUGUCUGGCUUGAUUACAGCAAUUACUUGUUGGGUGACAAGGUGUAUCUGAUGCAGAUCCCCUCGCCAUCAGGGAAAGGCAAGUCGGAGCAGGUGGCUUUGCGUCCUCCCUGGACAGUGAUGAUCAAUUACGAGUUUGAGCUACGAAAGGAGGCCGUGAAACGUGCCUUUCGAGACAGUCGGGCUCUCAAGGACACUCUGUUGGAGGUGCAGAAUGAUGCCCAGCUGAAAGAGCAGUUCUUCACAUCGCCGAUUGCGUUGCAGCAUCGUGGCAUGCCUGCCCCGAACACGUGGUGUGAGCGUCCCAGUGGACAGCCGUGGAAAUGGCGUCGCAAUGACAAGGGACCUGGCAAAGGCAAAGGCAAAGACUCCAACAAAGGAAAGGAACAGAAGGGCAAGAAGGGUAAAGGGCAAGGCCACGGCGAGCUUGCCAGCCGCACCCCGGAUGGCAGGAUGAUAUGCUUCGCUUACUCAACGUCGGGUUGUCCAGGCGAUUGCGGGAUGGUUCGUUGCUGUCAGGUUCGUGGAUGCUUUGGACAGCGUCCAACUUGGAAGCAUUGGCAGGAGCACUUUGCAAAGGCGAAUGCCAAAGCCACGGACAGCAACAACUGA